UUUUUGUGUCUACGGAGGGGUGGAGGAGAGCUGGAGGGACUGGACCCAAAGAAGCGUCCGCCGAAUGUGGGUCGAAAGGCUCUGUCUGCAGAAACUGGGCAGGCGGCUGGAGCUACCCCUGAUCCUUCCGGGAACCCCAAGUUCCCCGUAAAGUGUGUGGCGGCAUCCCGGGAGAUUUGGGGGCUCGCGCCACGGAAUCCUGCGGCGGUCAGAGGCGCGUGGGCCUUUCUUCAUUUGCCGCGCGGGGGCACUGCAGUCUCUCCGUCCGCGGCGCGCUGCUGGCGGUCCCCGAGGCUGGGCUGGCCGCCUUGCAAGAUGUCUGGGCCGGGGACCCGUCUCUCCUGGCUGCUCUGCUGCGGCGCCCUCCUGGCUCCAGCCGCGGGGUACGUGAUCGUCAGCUCGGUGUCCUGGGCCGUCACCAACGAGGUGGACGAGGACCUGGACAGCGCUUCCACCGAGGAGGCACUGCCCGCGCUGCUGGAAGACCCGGGCAGCAUCUGGCAGCGGCGCUUCCCGGCCUCGGCACACAAGGAGGACGCGCACCUGCCCCCCCGGGCCAGCGCCGCCCGCGCCCGGCCGCGCUCCGCGCCCCCAGGGAUGUUCUCCUAUGCGCGCGACAGCGCUCCCCGACCGCGCCCGGGUACCGCGCGCUCCCUGGCCCAUGCCAGCUCCUGGGGCUGCCUUGCCACCGUCUCUGCGCUCCACCAGAUGCCAGGACUGCCUUUUGGGAGUUGCCUGUCUGUGAGUGAUGGUCCCUUGAACAACAGCACUGGUGUUCCUUUCUUCUACGUGACACUCAAGGACCCUGCAGUGGCUGACUUGAUGAAGAGCCCCGUAGCUUCACUGCUACUGCCAGAAUCAGAAGGAGAAUUCUGCAGAAAAACUAUUGUUGACCCAGAAGACCCUCGGUGUGCCCGGUUGACACUGACUGGCCAGAUGGUUGCUGUACCACCUGAAGAAAUAGAAUUUGCCAAGCAAGCUAUGUUUUCAAGACACCCCGUGAUGAGGAAGUGGCCUCGGCAGUAUGAGUGGUUCUUCAUGAAGAUGCGAGUUGAGCAUGUCUGGCUUCAGAGCUGGUAUGGAGAAGUGUCUGACGUUCCAAGGGAGGAAUAUUUCAAAGCUGUUCCCAGAAAAGCCUGACGGAGGGAGAAGAAAGUCAUUCAUAUUUAUAGAAAGGUUUUCUGUGUGGUAGCCAGGCAGCUCUUGCCUGCAGCAUACAUAUUCUGGGGUUCAAGAGGCUCAACAUCUUGGCAGCACAGGAGAGAGGGUGACCCAAGAGCCCUGUGCAACCAGGAGAUAAGUGGUGGGUCACGUACCCCCAUUCACACAGGUCCUUCACACACAAUCUCUCUGCCCUGCCAGACCUCCAAUCUAAACUCAUCUGUUGGUUGCCAGAGUUAAGACAGUUACUGUUUUGUUUUUCAAAACAAACAAACAAACAA